AUCAGUGACAACUGUUAAUGGCUUUGUCAAUCAGUCAACUGAAUUAUGUCGGCUCAAAGGUGGCUCAUGUUAAUUUGGCUGUAAGCAGCAGCAGCAGAAGCAGUCGGCCCCCGGACGCCUGCAAUGAAGGAGGCGACACCAGCGAAAUGACUGCCACAAACGCAACCAGUUCUGAAUUCGACUUCAGCAAGUGGGAUUUUCCCGCUGAGCGAAUUUGGCUGCACAAGUCGAACGAGGAAAUCGCCUGGAAGAUCUGCACCUUUGUUCCGCUGAUUGGCUUUGGGCUGUAUGGGAACUGCAUCAUGAUCUACCUGAUAGCCGUGAACAAGUCGUUGCGAUCGCCCACCAACCUAAUCAUAGCCAACAUGGCCGUGGCCGAUCUCCUGACUCUCUCCAUCUGCCCGGCCAUGUUCAUGGUGAACGAUUUCUACCAGAACUAUCAGCUGGGAUGCGUGGGCUGCAGGAUGGAGGGCUUCCUGGUGGUGGUGUUCCUGAUCACAGCCGUGCUCAACCUUUCGGUGGUGAGCUAUGAUCGCCUCACGGCCAUUGUCCUGCCCAGGGAGACGCGACUGACCGUGCGCGGUGCCCAAAUUGUGAUUGUCUGCACCUGGAUUGGGGGUGUCCUCUUGGCCUCGCCCUUGGCUCUCUAUCGGGCGUACCGCGUCCGCGUCUGGAAGAACUUCACCGAGCGCUAUUGCAAGGAGAACACUGACGUUCUGCCCAAGUAUUGGUACGUGCUCAUAACCAUACUGGUCUGGCUGCCAUUGGGCAUCAUGCUGAUCUGCUACAUUGCCAUUUUCUACAAGCUCGAUCGGUAUGAGAAGCGGGUGCAGAACCGUGAGAAUCCCCUCACCGUUAGCUACAAACGCAGCGUGGCCAAGACCCUCUUCAUCGUGGUGGUGGUCUUUGCCGUGCUCCGGCUGCCCUUCACCAUUCUGGUGGUGCUGCGCGAGAAGUACUACUCCGCCGACACCACAGUCAACAGCGGAAUGCAGCUCUUCUGGUACCUGUCGCAGUACCUAAUGUUCCUCAAUGCCGCCGUCAAUCCGCUCAUCUACGGCUUCAACAAUGAGAACUUCAGGCGCGCCUAUUACCAUAUCUCGUGCGUUCGACGACGGAGAGAGGCAGCCAAGCUCAAGGAAAGUUCGAGGCGUCAGCAUCACUGCUGCUAUUGUGCCUUUAUGAAGAAGAAGAGACAACAGCAGCAGCAGCAGGAGGAGGAGGUACAACAACAGCCGAAAAACGUGGAGGUGGACUUGAGCAAGGAGAUAACCACAUCGGAGCCGCUGGCCAGAAUAGGCGAAAGUUCCGAGGACGUGGCUGUGGCCGAAAUCGAAGCAGAGGGAUUUAUAUAGAAAGACAAUAGCCUAAAGGGGAACACACUAAACAACAACACAAUAAAUAUUAAAUGAAUAUAUAAUAAAUAAACCAAUGACACC